AUGCUUCUAAAAUAUCAUCGUAAUCUUCGUUUAUCUUCACUUCUUAUUGAUGUAACAAUGAAAUUAAUCAAACGUUAUUGUAUUGUUAUGUGUAUUUUUUUUCUUUUUUAUUUAUUGGUAUCAAAUAAAAAUCGUCUUUUUCCUCGUCUUAUUUUUGGAGAAUUUCAUCUUUUAUCAACUGAAUUUAAUCGUACAAUAGAUAUUCGUCAAUCUCAAUUAUAUCAACAUGAAAUUUCAAAUGGUGGAAUUAUAACACUUUAUGAUGUAACACAAGAUAAUGAAUGGGAUUUUCAAUGUCCAAGAACAAAAUAUAAUGAAAAUGAUAUUCAUGAUGUUCGAAUAUGUAUUUAUGAUCCACAACAUGAUGAACAUGUUAGUGGACAAUUAAAUGAUUAUGGAAAAUGGGAACCAGUUGUUGUUAAAAGUUUUCUUCGUUUAUUACGAACAUUACCAAAUACACAUGUUAUUGAUAUUGGUGCUAAUUUAGGUUUAUAUACUUUAUUAGCUACUCAAUAUGAUCGUCAUGUUAUUGCUGUUGAACCAUUAUAUGAUUCUCUUAUUCGUUUACAUAAAUCUAUACAAUUAAAUGAUGUUCAACAUCAUGUAACAGUUAUUGCUAAUGCUAUUGGUAUAAAACAUGAACGUUUAGCAUUAAAUGUUGUUGAUAAAAAUUUAGGUGCUUCUUAUUUAUCUUAUCUUGAUGAAUUAGCACCAGCAGAUAAAAAAAUUGAAAAUUUUAUUAAUGAACGUGGUAUACCACCACGUGUACUUGCAGAAGUUGAUACAAUAACACUUGAUGAUUUAGUUUCAAUAUUUCCAAUAUUUUUUAAACGUGCUAUUUUAAAAAUUGAUAUUGAAGGUUUUGAAGCAUUAGCUUUUCAAAAUGCAUCAUUAUUAUUUAAUCAAACAGAAAUUCCAGCUAUUUAUAUGGAAUUUGGUAAAUUAAUUGAAAUUAAAUAUCAUCGUGGAAUGAUUAAAAAAAUUGAAGAUAUGUUAAAUUUUUUAAAAAAAAGAAAUUAUGAAUCAUAUGAAGUUAAUGAUAUAAAUCAUCUUUUAUAUGAUAAUUGGGAAUCAUGGCCAUGGGAUGUUGUUUUUAGAAGAUGUGAUAUAUGUCGAUGUCCAGGAUUAGAAAAACUUGUUGGAUCUGCAGAAUGA